AUGGCUGAGAAAGAGACACGUGAAUCAAGAGCCUUGUCGCUCUCACCCGACCGUUUCCUUGCUGCUCCUCCCGAUUGCCCUAUCAACGGUAAGCGCAGUCGUUCUGUGUCUGCCGCUCCAUCAUUCCGCUCUACUCAGUCGCACGUCACUACCGUUGAAGAGAAAGAAGACAUCCCCGGUUUUGAAGUCGCCGACCUGGAAAAAAAGCAAGUACAGCGACAACAAACAUACAAGUUUGGGCGGAGUGUCGGCCUGAUGGAUCGUAUCAAAGGUGUAUUCUUUCCUAGGACAUUGAUGGCGAAGAUGGAAGAAUCUAUUGAGGUGAUUCCAUCUCUUGUCCCAGACGAUGAGGAGUCGCCGUGGAUUGUGGACAUCCAUGUUUCGCCCAAGUUCAAUAGUUUGAACUAUCACAAGACUUUGUGCCUUCUGGACACAGGCUGUUCGCAUGGGAACAUAGUUUCCAAAGAUUUCGUGGACGCCCUUGGGUUCACUGAGUCAGACUACCAAGAUCUGAGUGAUCUGGAGAGUCAGGGUGGUGUCACGAUGGCCGGGCAGCCUUUCCCUGUUGAAGCUGCCAUCUUUCUCUCAUGGCAUCACAACACGAGUCUGAAGAGGUUUCGCCAGAUGCGAUUCCUAAUUUCCUCCCAUGCAAGGAACUUUGAAAUGAUCAUAGGUGCUCAGACGAUCUGCAAGUACAACCUGAUGUCACGACCGGUGUUCAAUCUUGAGUCCGGUGUUGUCAACUCCUCGAGCAAGGGCAAGCUUUUGGUGUACGCCAGUAGUGAUAUGCAUUCACUAACUCCUAUUACAGACGAGAGCCAAAACCAUCUCAUCAACGAAAGGUCUGCUUUAAAGAGCAGGAUCGAGGAGAUCGAAGACCUAGUUGAGAAAGAGAAGAACGCACAGAAGGUUACACAGCUCAGAGCUGAAUUGACUGAAAUCAAUCAUCUUUUGACCCUCAAAAGAGUCGAAAUCAACUUACGAGAUGCCAAGACUGAGGAUGCCAAAAAGAUGUCCAGUUUGGAAAUCGAGAAGAUUACCAAGGCCUGGGACACGAAACGCCCAAAGAACACCACAAACAUGGUGAAAGAUCGCUACCAGACCACGCAAGAUAAAGCCAUUCCAGCUCAAGCUUCAAUUGCUUCGAAUGGUAUCAAGUCAGCAAACGGUACUUCGAAGGGGACAAAGAAAUCCUCGACUUCAAAUGGAGAUUUGGAGCCCUCGUAA